GUGGGAGGCAAGGAGUGGAGGUUGGGCUAGUCUGUUCCUGGAAUGGGCAGGAGGAGGGACGAGCGGAAGGGGAAAACGGAGUGCCGCUGGACAGAAACGAGAGAAGACCAGCUCCUCUGGACAUGGCAGACUCUGCACAGGCCCAGAAGCUGGUAUACCUGGUCACAGGUGGCUGUGGCUUCCUGGGGGAGCAUGUGGUUCGAAUGCUGCUGCAGCGGGAACCCCGGCUCCAUGAGCUGCGGAUCUUUGACCUGCACCUGGGUUCCUGGCUGGAAGAGCUGAAGACAGGGCCAGUGCAAGUGACUGCCAUCCAGGGGGAUGUGACCCAGGCCCACGAGGUGGCAGCGGCUGUGGCUGGAGCCCAUGUGGUCAUCCACACAGCGGGGCUGGUAGACGUGUUUGGGAGGGCCAGUCCCGAGACCAUCCAUGAGGUCAACGUGCAGGGCACGCAGAAUGUGAUUGAGGCUUGUGUGCAGACUGGAACACAGUUCCUGGUCUACACGAGCAGCAUGGAAGUUGUGGGGCCCAACAUCAAAGGCCACCCCUUCUACAGGGGCAAUGAGGACACCCCGUAUGAAGCAGUACACAGACACCCCUAUCCUUGCAGCAAGGCCCUAGCUGAGCAGCUGGUUCUGGAAGCCAAUGGAAGGAAGGUCCGUGGGGGUCUGCCCUUGGUGACAUGUGCUCUGCGCCCCACCGGCAUCUAUGGUGAAGGCCACCAGAUCAUGAGGGACAUCUACCACCAGGGCCUGCGCCUAGGAGGCCGGCUCUUCCGGGCUAUCCCAGCCUCUGUGGAGCAUGGACGGGUCUAUGUAGGCAACGUGGCCUGGAUGCACGUGCUGGUGGCCCGGGAGCUGGAGCAGCGAGCAGCACUAAUGGGUGGCCAGGUGUACUUCUGCUACGACGAAUCACCCUACAAGAGCUAUGAGGACUUCAACAUGGAGUUCCUGGGCCCCUGCGGAUUGCGGUUGGUGGGCACCCGCCCACUGUUGCCCUACUGGCUACUGAUGCUUCUGGCUGUCCUCAACGCCCUGCUGCAGUGGCUGCUGCGACCCCUGCUGCUCUAUGCACCUUUGCUCAACCCCUACACGCUGGCUAUGGCCAACACCACCUUCACUGUCAGCACCAACAAGGCUCAGUGCCAUUUUGGCUACGAGCCCCUGUUCUCAUGGGAGGAGAGCCGGACCCGCACCAUCCGCUGGAUGCGGGCCAUGGAUAGUUCGGCCCAGUGACGGUGGAGCUGGGGCCUGGAGCCCAGCACAGCACAUCCAUCCAGGCCCACAGCCCACAAGCCCUGGCUGAGGAGGGAAGGCUGCAUUCUAGAGCUCGAGUGUCCAGUGCCAGACUGGCUGUCCUAGAGCUCUCCACAUGUGAAAUCCAUGAGCCUUACAUCUGUGUCCUGAUGCCUCUAAGUUCUAGGGAAGGAACAUCUUCACUCUCAAGCCAGGUCUGACGGCGGAUUGGCAAGGGUCUGAUUUCCCUGAUGUUCUCAUCUGCCAUCCCAUUAUUGGCUUUUCAAGCAGGAAGUGGGUACAAGUUCCACAGGCCCCACGCUGGGCUUCUGAUGUCCAAGCAUGAUCCUGUAUUCUGAGUGAAGAGGCUUUCUGACUCUUCCUACCCCCUUUGUGACUCCUUGAGGGUCAUACUCCCAUUAUUUUAAAA